AUGUUGUUUAUCGCAGCUUUCCUCGCCUCCUCGCUCGCAACUCUCGCUCUUGGAUGGCCCAUCUUCCCCUUGCCUUGCUCUCCACUCUCAGGAACACCAUGUAAAUGCCCAGAAGGCACAGACUACGCUGAAUCGUCCACGGUAGCAAUGAUCGGUGCUAGUGCAGGUAAUGUGGGAUGGUUGAUGAACAACUUCUUCGUUACAUCGUGGACUGGAGUUGAGCCCUCGAUGACUUGGAACAGUGAUAAUAUUCCUCUCCUGUCGAAGAGAGAGAUUAUUUAUCCGACCGAAGUUGGAAAUGUUACCAUUCCAGAGCAACUCAUUACCAGACUCCCAUACCUAGAUGGCUCGUUCGAAACAACCUAUCAGCAGAAAGGGAUCGUUCCAUUCGUUUCCGGAAAUGGCUCUUUCACCGGGCAUUGGACUACCCUGAAGGGCACCAGGAGAUUUGAGAACCAAACACUUGUCGAAUGGUAUAGCUAUUCUUGCGAUACUGGGUAUCCGAGGAACUUCGCUGCAUUCCGUGAAAACGCCCUGAGAAACGCGACCGUGAUCCUCAACAAUUUAGGACUGCUCUCAGGUCUCAGCACUAUUCCACAAUCUAUCUAG